ACUUUUUAUCAACGGAAAAACAAACAUUCCAUUUCAUCCAGCAUGAUAAAAAACAUGGCGGUCCUCCUCUUGGCUUCCCCAAGAAUAGAAGAAGAAACCACUGAUGCUUCAACCCAACACAACUAGUCCUCUCUUCUUCUUCUUCCGUCUCCAAAACUUUGAAAACAAGAAAUCCCAAUUCCCACGAUGAUGAAACAAUUACACAAACAAACAAGCGUAAAUCACAGGAGAGACGAAGAAAUCCCAACUUCCCAAUCUUACUCUCCUAAAAUGCUUAAACACCCCAGAUCUCUCCCUAGAUCCAUUAAUUAUCUCUUCAAAGAACAGCGCCUUCUUUUCAUUCUUGUUGGCAUUUUAAUUGGUUCUACUUUCUUCAUUUUUCAGCCUACUCUCUCCCGCCUUAACCCUUCUGAUCCAACCACCCAUUCUUCUCUCUCCUCUUCAAUUUACCAUCGCAACCAAGAUUCCUCCUCUGGGUCCUCCAGAUUUUUCUCUAAGAGGACGUUUCCAGGCCGCGUCCCAGCUGGGAUCGGCCGGAAGAAUUUGCGUAUCGUGGUUACCGGUGGGGCUGGAUUUGUUGGGAGUCAUUUGGUGGAUAAAUUGAUUUCGCGGGGUGAUGAGGUUAUUGUGAUUGAUAAUUUUUUUACAGGAAGGAAAGAGAAUCUGGUUCAUUUGUUUGGGAAUCCGAGGUUUGAAUUAAUUAGACAUGAUGUCGUUGAGCCUAUUUUGUUAGAAGUUGAUCAGAUCUAUCACUUGGCUUGUCCUGCUUCGCCAGUUCAUUAUAAAUAUAACCCAGUCAAGACUAUUAUAUCCUUUUUAUGAAGUUGUUACGCUUUCUUAAUUGUCAUUAAUGUUAAUUAUACUAAUGUGAUGGGCACGCUUAAUAUGUUGGGUUUGGCGAAGAGGGUAGGGGCGAGGUUUUUGCUAACCAGUACGAGUGAGGUUUAUGGAGAUCCGCUUGAGCAUCCGCAGAAGGAGACAUAUUGGGGAAAUGUGAAUCCAAUAGGUGAGAGGAGUUGCUAUGAUGAAGGAAAACGGACGGCAGAAACACUAGCCAUGGAUUAUCACCGAGGUGCAGAUGUCGAGGUGCGUAUUGCUCGCAUAUUUAAUACAUAUGGGCCUCGCAUGUGUUUGGAUGAUGGACGUGUUGUCAGUAAUUUCGUUGCUCAGGUCAUUCGCAAACAGCCAAUGACUGUUUAUGGGGAUGGGAAACAAACUAGGAGCUUCCAAUAUGUUUCUGACCUGGUUGAUGGGCUGGUGGCUCUAAUGGAAGGCGAGCAUGUGGGACCUUUCAACCUUGGCAACCCAGGAGAGUUCACUAUGCUUGAGCUUGCAGAGGUUGUUAAGGAGACCAUUGAUUCAAGUGCAACAAUAGAAUUCAAACCCAACACUGCUGAUGAUCCACAUAAGAGGAAACCUGAUAUAAGCAAAGCGAAGGAGCUGCUGAAUUGGGAGCCAAGAAUUUCUUUGAGAGAAGGAUUGCCUCUCAUGGUGAAUGAUUUCCGGAAUCGCAUUUUGAAUGGAGAUGAAGGGAAAGGGCUUUAAAUAAAAUGAUCGGCAGAACUACGAUGUAUAGUGUCAAGACCUUGUCAAUAUCUUGAUUCAUUUAGUGGCUGUCUUCCGUAAUCCAUGUUUGCAUGGAAUUUAUAGCAAGGUGCCACUUCAGCUGGAAGAUAUACGUGUUCGUCGUUCCUGGUACUUAUUAGCACAAAAUCAAAAUAUCAGUGUAGUUUUUCCCUUGCAAUGUUUUAAAUACCGUGUCUUAGCUUGUAUUAAAAAAAAUUCUGAAGUUUUGGUGUGGAAAACAUAGCGAUGAAGGAAUACAUAUCGUGUCAUAACUGGGCCUUCUCUCCUCAUGUGAAACUGCUGCUCUCUUUCUGAGCCAGUCUAGAUAUGGUGCAGGCCCUGAAUAUUGCUACACAAGCCCUCUGUUUUUGUAAAAUUUAUAUCAAAGAAAGUUUAAUUUAUUUUUCCAAAGUUAAAUAAAGUUGAAUUUAUUUAAUUGAA